AUGAAAGGUAGUCUGCCAAGUGCCAAGUUUAAUACCAGAUUAGAGCAGUCCACGACUGGGGUCGACGCCGAGUGUGAAGCGGAUUGGACGGUGGUUAAAAGAGCAAUGAAUAACAACACGAAGAAGAAUGGAAGUUCGUCUGUGGUGCUCAAAUCCAAUGGAAGGGUUGCUGUGACCUACGCACUGGCGAUGACACUUUCUCAAGGUGAAGCAAAAGUACAAUUGCUAGAAAGAGGUGGCUUGUCUUACGAAAAUCCCAACAUAACUAGCAUUGGUGGCUUUCCUCAAACCCUAGCAGACACCUCCACAACCUUAGCUUCUCAGCUUUUCCUCUCCACGGACGGCGUUUUCAACCACGCUCACGUGUUUUGGGUGGUGGCUCUACUAUUAACGCAGGUUUCUACACCCGGGUGA